CGUCUGUAUGUGUGUGUGUGUGUGUGUGUGUGUGUGUGUGUGUGUGUGUAGAGGUAGCACAGUUGCUCCUGAAGGCGCCGCAGGAGAGGGCGCGGCAGGGCACGACAGAGGGAGGUGCUUGUGAGUCAAAAGGUCAAUAUUUACUAAGAUGCGCAUGGGAAGGCGUAAGUCAGGCAGGGCGGCGUUAAUUCCGUGCCGGGACCUGGGGAGGGGGUGGUAUGUACGCAUGUGUCCCGUGUGUGUGUGUGUGUGCGUGUGUGUGUGUACUGUGUGUAGCUCGGGGAGUGUGCGUAUGUGUGGCGGCGCAGUGUGAGUGUCCGGUCAGGGGUCAGGUGUGUGAGUGACGCUUCCGUUGGUCAGUCAGGUGGUGGAGGUGGUACCCGCGCUGCCUUGCCCCACGCCGCGGCCUUUGUGUUAUCGGCGGCGAGAUAAGCAGCGAUAUGCCCGCCAGGUGAGGGGCGGUGCUUGGUGUGGGAGUGGAGGUGAGCCCGCCGCGGCAAGGGUCAGGUGUCGCCUCAGGAACAGUUGACGGUUAGCAGUGAGAUUUCUUCUACUGUAGUGGCGGCGGUGGUCACCCUGGCUUCCGCUUGCACUUCGUCAGAUUCGCCUGCAGGAGGGGCGCGGGGUGGGGAGGGCCUGGCCGUCAGCAGUGUGGGCCGCGUCCCGCCCCGGCCCGCCAGGCGGCUGUCGACCCCUCAGUCGUGUGCGAGUCACGCUGGCCAACAUCCCCGACCUACUUAUCAAAUUCCUCACCUCAACUCCGUGCUUGCCGCAAACAGACUUCAAAUGGGCCUCGUGAUUCAUAAUAUAUCGUGAAGUGGAUCACAGAAUGUGCCGAGGGCGGCGGGAAGCCUCGGGGAGGGCGAAACUCGAAGAAAGAUAAAUCUCAGGUGUGUCCGGUUGGCAGCCAUGUAAAGAGCGCGUCUGAGCGCAUGCGUCACACAGGUGAACUCUGGAAGUAAAGUUUGAAAACAUUAGUAGUAUGCGAGGAAAUACGGCUGAGAGACCGUGGAUGUAAGUGGAUGAGUGCUGGCUUACCUCUGAGGACUGUGAGGGGCGUGUGGGUGUGCUGAGAGAGUGUGACCAGGCCAGGGCGGAGUGGCCACCACCAUGGGAGAAACCAGCAGUGAUAGUCAGUGGUUGCGUCUGGCCUAGCUAAGCAUGGCUCUGUUUUUGACAAGUUGAGGCUGUGGCAGUGCGGCGGAGGGAGUGAGGCGGCGCGGCGCUGUGGCUAACAUGACGUGACCCGCGGUGCUCGAGUGCUCAGGAGCGGUGUGAGGGCCCAGCCAGGUCCACUAUGCUCAAGACUAACAUAGGCCAGCCCAACGGCGCGCGGCCUCCGAUACAAGACACUAGCACAGGAAACAGUGCGGGCGGCGAGGAGGGCGUGGGCGGCCCUCCCCAAGCCAGCAGUGUCGGCAGCGAUGCGGGGGGCGGCAGCCCUGACCACUGGUCGGGGCAGGUGAUAGAGGCGGUGGUGAGUGUGAGCGGGGAGGGCUGCAUCACUGUGCUGGGUGGCUCGGACAAUGGAGAGUUCCCCUACCUGGGCGAGAUCAGCCCCGGCGUGCGCUACCAGCAGGGCGGCCCCUCACUGGCGCCCGGCGCCGUGCUGCUGGAGGUGCAGGGCCAGCGGGUGGCCGGCUACACCCAGAGGGACGUGGUGGCCUGGAUCAACCACUGUACCCGCAACGGCAACCCCUGCGUCAUCCGCACUGCGCCACCAGGUAAGACGAGGACAGGUGUGACUGAAGACGGGUGUGAAAAGAUUAUCAGUCUCCUGUUUGCUCCUUGACGCGGGAUCUUCGGCAGUACCUGAAUACACGGUUCCAGAAAGGCAGCGUGGACCAUGAGCUGCAAAACACGAUUCGGGACAACGUGUACCUACGAACUGUUCCCGUGACCACUCGAUCUCCGCGUCAGGGUGAAG